GCGAGCGUGUCGGCGGGUCCACACCACUGCAGUUCACGGUGAGUUCAGUGAAGCGCGCGGCCUCUGGCGCCGCCUGGCGGUAAGGCGCGGAACUGCCUCAGUCUUUGUGCCGCCGCCAUCUUGACCAGGAUCCGGAUAAUCAUCAUCUGAACACACUGAUUUACAGCAAACACACACGACCACAGAGCGGCGAUGGCCACUGCACCGUACAACUACUCCUACAUCUUCAAGUACAUCAUCAUCGGCGACAUGGGCGUUGGGAAGUCCUGCUUGCUGCACCAGUUCACAGAAAAGAAAUUCAUGGCCGACUGCCCGCACACCAUCGGCGUGGAGUUCGGCACCAGAAUAAUUGAGGUGAGUGGGCAGAAGAUCAAGCUGCAGAUCUGGGACACGGCGGGCCAGGAGCGAUUCAGAGCCGUCACACGCAGCUACUACAGAGGAGCCGCGGGAGCACUGAUGGUCUAUGACAUCACCAGGAGAAGCACAUACAAUCACCUCAGCAGCUGGUUGACUGACGCCAGGAAUCUCACCAACCCCAAUACUGUGAUUAUACUCAUAGGAAACAAAGCAGAUCUGGAAGCCCAGCGAGACGUGACGUACGAGGAGGCCAAGCAGUUUGCUGAAGAGAACGGUCUGCUGUUCCUGGAGGCCAGCGCGAAAACAGGUGAGAACGUGGAGGACGCUUUCCUGGAGGCGGCGAAGAAGAUCUACCAGAACAUUCAGGACGGCAGUCUGGAUCUGAACGCGGCCGAAUCGGGCGUGCAGCACAAACCGUCAGCGCCGCAGGGCGGCCGGCUCACCAGCGAACCACAGCCGCAGAGGGAAGGGUGUGGCUGUUAAUGACCAUCGUCCUCUACUGCCCACCGCAACCAUCCCGCCCUCUUCCUCCUCCUCAUCAUCAUCACACACGGCCCGGUCUCGGCUCGUCCGAGGGCCGUGGAGGGGAGGCGUCACGGCUACAUGCGCUCGUUUCCUCCUAUCUUUCUUUUCAUCUGUCCAUCCUCACUUUCUUGCUCAGUGUGUUCUUAUUUUCCCAUCAUCCUCUGACUAACCGCUGCUCAUCACGUGACACAUCAGUUUAGGAGAGAAGAAUCAGCGAGACAGCUGAACACAAUCAGGCUCUUUUUUUAUCGAUUCGUUUUAUAGCUCGUCACAUAGAAACGAGACACGAGUAAGCAACAUUAUACUACUGCUGCAUGGGUUGUUUUAAGAGCAUCAAAUGUGUUUCUUGAUGUCGUUGCUUUCAGGAGAAUCUCUUUUCGGGUCGGUCACCAAUAGGACGCCCGCCUGAUGCUCCUGUAGCUAAAAAAGCAUCAGGUCGAUGCAUACGCAUCUGUAAACGUGAAUUGAUUCCACGAGAUCCCAGAUUUAAAACGGAAUGAAACGGAAACUCAGAAUCUCGUGCACAUUCACGCGGGAACACACGCGAGCGCAUGCGCGAGUGUUGAGGGUUGGACAGCUUUAUGAAUCGAAGACACUUUAUGGAAAGAUUUCGAAAUGAUUCUUUCAUUGCUCCCGUCUCCUCUUCUGCUCCUUGAUCAUUCGUUUGUCUGUCCUUUUAUGUUGCCUUAUUGUUAUUCAUGUUAAUAUUAUUACUAUCACUGUUUAAUCUUUACUAGCUCAACACGCAGUCCGGAGUUGAGUUAAACAAAUGGUUUUACAGCACUGCAACUGUUUUUGUAUAGAUCUAUAAAAUGUGACGGAAAAACGCUCCAGUUGUGCAGGCUGUACAGUAAAAAUCUGCGCCAUCGGCUUGUAUAUUAACACCAGAGCGCGCAACUUCCUGUGAAACAGCAUCUGUGUCUUAAUUCAGUGUAUGUACCAUAUGAAAUCUGAUCUGAUUCAGCUGCUGUAUAUAAGGCUAUGUCUGUUGGUGAUGUAACUGACUCCUCUCGCAGAAAGGUGAUGGUCACAAACUCUCGCAGUGGCGACAGCACGUCCGAUGGGCUUGUUUCACUUCGGCCCUGCUGAAGAAAAACAAGGCAAAUUCUUCGACAGAUAGAAGUGAUCAGAUGAGGGUCUGAUCCGUCUCUGUCUGAAUGACCUCGCUGUUCACAUGAAUAAAAACAGUACAUAUGUAUAAACUCUGAAGGCGCUGUGCUAACAUUUGAAAAUCUGUUCUUGUGUGUAUAUGAUUUUAAAAUGUUGACAUUUUGUUUUUAAUGACGACAAUAAAUAUGCUCUAGACAGAAAA